AUGCAGGCAGCUGAAAAGCGUCAGCUUGACUCCAUAAAGUCGUUGUAUGCCUCUGCUUUUAAGUUGAAGCUUAAGUUGCAGGAAUUGAUGUUUAAAUUAGAAACUCAGGGUGAAAGAUGUGACUGGCCAAAUUAUCUUAAUACGCUAGGACUAUGUGCCUCAGAAUUGAAUGAAAUUCGCAAAUUUGUUGAAUCUGAAAGAUUUCCUCAGGCAGAUUCUCUUGUCCUCACGCCUUUGCUGCUUAGCCCUGAUCCUGAUCCCAUUUUAGGUAAAGCAACCGAAGAAAGGCUGUCCGUCUUUAAUCACGACUCGGUACCACAGUAUUUACGCACUCGCCUGGAUCCGCAUGUAAGUUGCCUUUUAAAUUUCUUCCUCUUUUGA